AUGGAAAUGGUUGACGAUACUAACACCAGCGAAAAGGCAGCGCCGCUACCCUUAGAUAAUGAAGCCCAGUCGACCAAAGAUGAUGCAGGCGAAGACAAGGCGCCACCAGUGAAGCCUUCCGCUCAUUUUUCUAUGGCCGAUAACGUGGAAUAUGAAUACGAAACUGUCCAUGAUCUUGACGAUAGGAAACCUGACGACGAAACUCAUCAAGCAAGACGUCGGGCAAGCCACCUUCGUGCAAGCCAACGAGCCAGUAUCAGCGGCACACCCUUUGAUGUGUCCUACCAUCCUUCCCAAAUUGUUCUUUACAGUCGUCCACAACAAAGGCAACGCUGGGGUGAUACUCAAGUCUUGCCGAGAGUAAAUUGGGGAGACUUGUUCUUUGAUCUUUACUACGUAGCUGCUGCGUACAACACUUCGAAUAUUCUUGUGGAUUCGCCAAGUGGGAAGGGACUACUCUACUUUUUUGGCACGUUUCUUCCUUUGAUGGGCAUUUGGAAUGAGAAAACUUAUUUCGACGGCAGAUUCGUGGUAGGAGAUGAUUUAUUUCACAGGCUCGUUGAGCUCUUUGGCUUGGUGAUCCUUGCGACGGCCGUCCUUCACAUUCGACCUGUCGAAUUUAUGUCGAACAGUGCGGAGCAUGUCGAUAUGUUUGUUUUCUCACUGAUGGUUUUGAUUGCCAAUGUGCUCGAGUUGGCGAGAAAUAUUGAGCUGUCUGCCUUUGGGAUUGGAGUUACAGUGAACGGAAGGAACGUCGUUCGUCAAGAUGCCAAGAGGUGGUUUAUCAUGACGGUCCCGUACACAGCGUUGAUACUCGCCGCCGCUGUUAUAGCUGGCAUUGAGUAUUAUGGCAACAAGUCCACCGACAACGACAAAUACUCCGGUGGGAAUUCAGAUGGAUACAGUUAUGCCAGUGGAGGCAACUACACCGAGAGCGAUAACCACAGGUUCUUGGCGGCUGCUUCCAGCAGUUCUUCUUCCUACGCGUCUGCCACUGCAGAGACGACGGAUCUUCCCAUCGCUCUAAUUUUGGCCGGCCACAUUGGAAAGUUCGUUCACUCGGCCGUGACGAUCAGGUUCUGCUUCCCAGGAGGUGGCAAGCACAAGGAAUUAAUCAUUCCCAUGAACGUGGACUUCUGCAUUCACAGAAACGGGGAGUGGUGUAUGUUGAUGUUGGGAGAGUCGCUUUUGAGUCUAUUGAUUGUGGACGUGUCCGAGAAUGACAACUAUUAUGCGACAUUCUUCUCGGCUUUGCUUACCGUUAUUCUUCUGCAGUACCUGCACUUCCGAUCCCAGCCCCAUCACGCCGAUGCACAUGCUUGGCGCCGCAACAAGGAUGCUGGCGUGGGUUGGACUGGAAUGCACCAGAUCUAUUCAGCGGCAUUGGUUUCACUUGGUGCUGCCUUCACAUUGAUGGUCCUUGAGUUCACGUACCAGACAGAAUCAGAUGACGACAAUCACCGACGUUUUCUUGCCGGGGGCGGCGCAUCAAAGUACGAACCAAAAGAUCGCCGCCAGAGAACCGCUCUGUUGUUUUCCAUUUCCCUGGCAACUAUUUGGUUUUGCUUGGAUUGCAUGACUAUUUUCCACCUUGGUAUCAAGACGAGUCACCAUCGAUGCCAGUGUUCGAAAUCUAAGGUGUUGAAUGUGAAGGGAAUCAUCUUGGUUAUGAUUCGGGUUGGCCUGAUUCUCUUUAUGGCAACACUUGGACUGUACGAGACAGACCCUCAAAACCUUGCUAUCAUUGGGCUGUUUGGGGUUGUUUUGCAACUGAUCUUACGAAAGCUUGGUACCAAAUACUUGUCAGCAAACCGAGUCCAUGCUCUGGGCGAGGCAACCGAACACAAAGAUGCAAACGCUAGUUGUAGGGCUGGCGAUGUGGAUCCUGAAGAGAACAAGUGGCCAAACGUGACCCAUGCUGUCGCUCAACCUGCCCACCAGAGUGGUGAAAUGAAGGCGUAG